AUGCACAUGAUUGAAUGCAUUGGAGGAUUUGUAGCUAUCCUAGUCUUCCUAUUCAUUCACUUUUGGAGACGCAACAGAGAUGAAAUUUUACCAAAUUGGCCAAUAAUUGGUAUGCUACCGGUGCUUUUGCGUCACAUGUCCGAUUUGCAUGAUCAUAUAACCUUAGUGAUGAACAUCCAUGGAGGAACUUUUCGAUUUCAAGGGCCUUGGUUCACAGACACAAGCUUUAUCGUUACCGCUGAUCCAAUCAACGUUGAGCAUAUCACAUGCAAGAAUUUUGGCAACUACGGGAAAGGGUACAACUUUCAAGAAAUUUUUAACUUUUUUGGAGACAGUAUUUUAACUGUCAAUUCCCAUGUUUGGAAACAGGAGAGAAUAAUGGUUCAGUCAAUUCUGAAACGUAAAAGCUUCAACAACUUGUUCCAAAAAACCAUACAGAAUAAGUUGGUGAACUGCCUACUACCAUUUCUUAAUGAUGUAUCUAAACUAGGUAUCCAGGUGGACUUGCAAGAUGUGUUUGGAAGGUUCACAUUUGACAACAUAAUCGUCACUUUAUUCGGAUUUGAUCCGAAUUCCCUUCCAAUCAAGUUUAGUGAGCUUCGAGAUAUUUCUUAUCUAAAAUCUCCUCAUGUAAUAGAGCAAGUGAUUUUUUACAGGCAUUUCAUUCCGGUUUGUCUAUGGAGGGUGCAAAAAUGGCUUCGUGUGGGUCCGGAGAACAAGUACAAGGUAGCCUCAGAGAAUCUCAACCGAUUCUUGUCCGAACGUAUUAGUGCAUUUUCCAAACGCAAAGAUAUGGACGAAUGUUUUUUCGACAUGAUGAAAGCACUGACAAAAGAAGAAAAUGGAAAGGAGGAAAUGAGUGAGAAGUAUGUUAGAGACACAGCAGCCACUUUGCUGUUAGCAGGAAAUAGUCCAGUUACUUCAGGUCUCAGUUGGUUUUUCUGGCUUGUUUCAAAUCAUCCUAUUGUUGAAGCUAAAAUUAUUCAAGAGAUUAAAGAUAGUUAUCCAACACAAGAGGAGAAUUUGAUCACUAGUUUAUGUUUGGAAGAGGUUGAUAAGCUAGUGUACCUCCAUGCAGCUAUAUGUGAAGCUUUAAGGCUUUAUCCUCCAAUACCAUUUGAGCAUAUAUGUGCAAUCAAAUCUGAUGUGUUACCUAGUGGACAAGAUGUUAGUCCAAAUACAAAGUUAAUUUACUUUAUGUAUAGUAUGGGAAGGAUGGAAGAAAUAUGGGGAGAAGAUUGCAAAGAAUUUAAGCCGGAGAGAUGGAUAUCACCGAGAGGAAAAAUCAUACAUGUACCGUCAUACAAGUUUGUAACAUUCAAUGCAGGUCCUAGAAGUUGUUUGGGUAAAAAUUUAGCGUUCUUUCAAAUGAAAAUGGUUGCAGCUGCUAUGUUAUGGAUGUUUCAGAUACAGGUGGUGGAAGGACACCCUGUAACCCCAAAGCUUUCUAUUUCUCUUGGAAUGAAACAUGGCUUGAAGGUCAAGGUCACUAAAAGAUGCAUUUCAUAA